GGCCCGCCUCCGCACCGCGGGGCGGGUUGCGCCUCCACCGGGGCGCGACAUCAGGGAGUCGGCCAAAAUGGCCCCGGCGCUGCGGCUCGCGGCGGCCGCGUGGCUGCUGGCGAGAGGCCGCCCGGCAGGAGGCCAGCGCUGCGAGCCCCAGGAGGACGUGGACUACGAAGGCCACGAGUUCUGGUGGGAGCUCGGGCUCACCCGGGGCGAGUGCUGCGCCCUCUGCAGGAGCGGGAGCCCAACUGCACCGUGGCGGUGUUCUACAAGACGGGCUGCUACCUGAAGAGCGGCGCCACCAGGGCGCCCUCCCCGGUCAAAGGCCGCUGCGCCCUCGUGCCGGGGCGCGCCGCGACCCUCGCGGGCAGCGCAGGGCUUCGGGCUCUGGAGCAGCCGGGCCCCGAGGAGAGCGCGGAGGACUGGGAGAAGGACGAGCUCAGCUUCUGCGCGAGGGGCUACUGCCGGCGCGACGCGGUCCGGCAGGAGGGCGCCGCGCUGUCCUCCGCGGGCGCGCGGCCCCAGGAGAGUGCGUAG